ACCAACCAAUGGCGAGUGUGGAAUCUGGGGGCAGGUCUGUGUUUUCAACGUCGUCGGCUCCUCACGCGUGCAUGACCUACAUGCACCGCCCGCCACGCAUCAUGCCGAACUACGGGAGGAAGACUCGGGGGGCACUGCCCAAGUCCAACGUCUCGCGCGUGCUGCUGUACGACAACGUCACUCAGCAGCAGAUGCUGCAGGUCAAGAUCUCGCACCUCCACGUGGAGAAGCGCAAGGCGGGUCACCUGCUUGACCUGCACCGCAAGUCUUUUAUCAUAAGACGCCUGCAGACACAGAAGCAUGUGGGAGAGAAUCCUGAGAGACACACCUACCAUUUACACCUCAGGAAAGAACCACAACUCUCUUUUACCCACGCCAAAGCGAGUAGUCUUUGCCUGGACGCACAUAACUCUGGUGCUGAUAGGCCGGAGGUGACGUCAUUCACCAAGCACGACGACAUUUCCGUUGAGACAGAAGAAAAGCUCAGACAGCAUCCUGACCUCAGGAAAUUAGCUCAAAAAGAUGAAGAAUGCUCGUCUCAUCGUGGACUUCCUGUAAGUGCAGUUAGCCAGGACCACCAGACUUCCGGUAAUGGCGUUCUCCGAAAAUCUCCCGACCACGCUCAUCACGUUAAACGUAGAAACCAAGCGCACGGUUUCCAGAGCCUCCAACGAGAUGAUGCCGGCACGAUAAAACUUCCAGACAUUAGCCGCCGCUUUGCAGCAGCUUCUGGUGAAACCGGAAGUGUGGGUCACGUGCUUCUAACCAGCGACAGCAGCAGCUAUGGCGUCACGCGCGUGUUGCACACGUUUCCUGCGCCUGUCGAUCAAAAGGGAGGUAAAGCUUUAGCGAGAUGCUGUGACGAGGACUGUCUCCCCUCAGACGGUGACUGACGAUCGGUACCGGAGACUGGUGAGGCUGCUGGUGAGGCUGGACCGUCCUAGCGAGGGCUACCUGGAGCUCAGCCCCAGCUUUCAGUCCAGUCGUCAAGAUGGCGGGGACCCUCAACUGCUUCACACGUCUUCCCUUAUACGCCGGGCUGCCACCCAAGUUACCUCCCGUGUUCUGACACCCAUUGGUCUCAGUUCUUUGUGACUUAAAAGAAAGAGCUGUUGAUGUGUAAAAUAUGAUAUCUACCAACUAUGCUUGAUAUACCUAAGCAUAAGCACUAGAGAAGUGUAACAUUUUAGAAGCGAAUUGGUGGAAAUAUGUUUCUUAUAUUAUUUCCUCAAAUCUGGGUGACUACAACCUUUCGUUCCAGUCUUUCAGUUUCCAG